UGCUGUCAUAUCAAAAUUAGAGCAAAAUCAGCUGUUGGUCUUGCUGGGUCUUGUUAUUUAUUUUUUUGAUUCAUAUUGUUGUACAAACAAAAUAAGUGUAACUUUUUUCAAAAAUCUCAUCUAUUUCUUGAAAACAAACGCUCAAGGAAAUCUAAAAUGUCGACAGCGAUGACAUUUGGACAGAAACAGUUCAUUCCUACACCACCGGAUAAAGGAAGCUUUCCUUUGGACCACGAAGGUCUGUGUAAGAAGAGUAUGACUAAAUACAUGAAAUGUUUAUUUACUAAUGAUAGUGACAAUUCUAUGUGCCGGAAUGAAGCAAAAGAAUAUUUGGCCUGUAGAAUGGAACAUAAUUUGAUGGCUAAAGAAGAUUGGUCAAAGUUAGGGUUUAAAGACUUGGAACUUAAUAAAAAAGAUAAAUAAUUUUUAUAGUAUGGAAUACUUCCGGACUGUAUUGCAAUAGCAAUGCGCAAGAGAGCUGCCCGCGCGAAGGUCACCCUUUGCCUCUCAGCUGUUUGCUGAGCGCCCUGUAAAGUCCAUGUGUGCACACCUGCCCUGCGAACCAAGAGUCUUGACACCAAAGGGUAUGAAGUCUUACUAGGUGCUGAGACAAUGUUAUUUAUGUGAUAAUUAUUAGUCUUAGAGCCUUCCCGGGUAUCCGCCGCCACUCCAGCCUCUCCACUGGUUGCUGGUAGAUAAGAGGAUUUGAGGCUCUUAAGCCAAGGGGUUGUGCAUGCUUAUGAGCGCCCUUCAUAGGAUGAUGUUGUGGGCAGCAUGGUAUUUCAAUUAAGUAUUUUAUCUCAUAGCACAUAUUUUUUUUUAUUUUAUUUGUUAUCACUUAUAGUUCGUUUGUCACUUGUGUAAAAAGAAUUUUCUUUAGCUUCCUGGUUUGUGAUGCAUUUUCAAGCCAGGUUGCUAAUGUUUUUGUAAUGUGAUGACGUAAAUGUCAUCUGGAAUAACUACUUACUUUGACAUAUUGUUAGGCACCUCCCCUUGAAUAGAACAACAUAUAUGUGCCAUGUGGUUCCUAGCCAAAAUACAAAAAGAAUAGGACACUCCAUCUCCAUCCCAUGGAUGUUGUAAAAGGCGACUAAGGGAUAGGCAUAUAAACUUGGGUUUCUUUUUUAAGGCAAUGGGCUAGCAACCUGUCGCUUUUUAAAUUUCAGUUUAUCAUUAAGUGAAACAGCUGAAUGUGGCCACCCGUCUUUUCAAGACUGUUGGGUUUGUCUACCCCACAAGGGAUAUGAGUAAAUGUAUGUUUAUAUGGGUAUGUCAUCAGUUAUCUUUGAAGUCACCAGACAGAUAGCCUAACCCAGUAAUGUGAGUUGUGAAAGCCUAUUGUUUCAGAAGUUAAUGAAAUACUCACACAAAGAUGAUUCCCAAGUUUGAAAGCUUUUCCCAGGAUGUGAUUAUCAAAAAAAGUAAAAGUAUGAUGCGUGUAAUAUGACAGCUCAGUUCAGCAGAUUUUGACUUUAGAUUUGUGUACAAAAUAGAUGAUUCUAUUAAAGAUUUAUUUUUCUACCAACAAAAAUGACGAGAAGUAGAGUAGGUAUAAAUUUAAAAACCAAAUAUAGAAAGUUUUAUAUUUUAUUCUUUCAUAAGGUAAAAUAUUAUAUUACUUAAUUACUCAAAACUACAAACUGGAUAAUUAUUAUUAAAAUGAUUACAAAACUUUAUAUUUUUAUUGCCAAUCACUUAUGGCAUUUAUACAAGUAAAUAUCACAGUUAUUAUUAAAUUAUUUGUGAUUGAUGAACCAGUAAAAAAGCUAAAUGUUUCUAUGUUCUAAUACAAUAAGCGACUCUCAGAGGUAUAAUUUAUGGUUGAAAUAGGUGUUCGAUAUCAGUAGUAUUUAAUAUUGACUUUAUAAUAAAAAAUAUUUACUUAUCAUUUGCUGACUGUUGAUUGUACAAGAAUUUAUGGUUUUUUAGACAAUAAUGUUGACAACACACGAAAUUUACAUUAAAAAUAUUGAAAGAUAAUUUAUUCUGUACAAUAACUAACUAUAAUAAGCACCAUUAUUCAUUUACCACAUUCAUAUUUCCAUUCCCAGUUGGCAACACAAUUUAGGACCAAUAAAUAGCCUUCAAGCAAUCUCAGUAUAUUUCUUAGUACAUUAAGGCCAUUUUGAUUUAUUCAAUAAUCUCUUGACUACAAAAUUAGAAUAUAUACAUAUAAGAAACGAGGAGUGAUCUGGUAAUAAUGAUGGGUUAUUAAUUUUCGGCCAUUCCUUGGCUAUACAAUGAUAGUAUUAUAUAAGUAUAGUAGUUAACCUUGUAUAGUAGUUAAAAUAUUUUGUACUACUCUCCUCAUUAUAUUUUUACAUGACACAAAGAUAAUUUUAACAAUGAUUAUUGUUAACCUGAGCAUUUGAUUAUUAUAGUAAUCUAACUAUAAUUAAAGUACCAAUAUGAUUUUUUAUUAAAUCAAAAGUAUUAAACUUUGUCUAUUGUAUUCUGAUUGAUUUGUGUGCCUCUUUACAAAACAAUGGUUUAUGUCUACAAAAAAAAUAAAACGCACUGAAAUUUUACGUAAAAUAUGAACUGCCAUUGCUCUGAUUAAAGAUAAUUAGGUAAGUUUAUACGUUUACAUCUAAGUAUUGACUUUCAAUUACAAAUAUAUAUUUUACAAUAAUAAUAUAUUAUGUGUGUAUAAUAAGUGUAUUGUGUACCUCUAACCAGCAUGAUAUAGUUUUAUUAUUUAAUUACAUAUAAAUAGAUUAGAAGAUGGAUUUUAAACCUAAUUAUUAUAAGGCAUUCUUGUGGAUAUAACAGGCAUUUCUUACAAAAAUAUUUUUAUUCAGAUUACAUAGGAAUAACGAGUUGAUACAUAGUAACAUACUAUUAUUUUAUACUUAUUCGAUUAUUUAGUAUAAUAAAAUGGCAAAAUUUUAUUAUUUUACAUAAACCGCGAAAUUAAGAAAAUAAUAUAACUUUUUUAUUCAUUUACUUCAUUCGAAACUAUUUCAAACCAGGAUCCUGAAACGGGAUUUCGUAUGUUCCUAUGCCACCGGCUAAAGAUAAAUACUGACACCGACGACUUUACAAACUGUACAGAAGCUUAAAAAAUGGUGUUAUAUACCUUACAUGUCAUACCAAGCACGCGAU